UGCGAUGCUUGAAUGGCGACUCAUAAUAAAACGCAAAUGAAUUAUUAAUUAUAAGUUGUGAUGAUACUUUCAUAUGUUUUUCGGAUAGUUGACGGAGAGCUUAAUUUGAAAACCUAGCAUCUACUGUAUUUAGGAUAAAUAUAAUAUAUAAGCCUUAGGACUAAAAUGGAUGAAGCUUCGGGUGAUCACUUAUCAUCGACCGAUACAUCAUUUGAUAAAUCGAAUGAAAUAUCAUCCCAGAGCAUCGGUUCGCCAGAUUCCAAUGACAAAAGCUUUCAACCAGACUCUUCAAACAACACUUCAUUCAAUAAAUCGGGUUCUCUGUCACCUGGUAGUCAUAAAUCUAAGUCACCAGGAUUAAAUAACUCUAAUAGAUCCAGAUCAGGUUCUCCCAGGGAUAGAUCUAAGUCUAAGUCAAGGUCUAGAUCAAGGUCUUCGAAUAGAUCUGACAGAUCAGGUUCUGUGAAAUCAAAUGCUUCACGACAGUCAAGACAUUCUAAAACUAGAUCAAGGUCCAGGUCAGGAAGUGUUCGUUCAAAGUCUAGAUCUAGGUCUAGGAGUAAUGCUGGUUCUGCCAGAUCAAGAUCUGGUUCUGUGAAAUCACGAUCAAGGAGUAGAUCUAUUCCAAAAAGAUUCAUAAAAUCAAGAACAAAAAGUCGGUCUGUCCAUUCCGGUUCAAGAAGACGCUCUGGAUCUGUAAAACGAUCUCGCAGUAGGUCUGGAUCAAGAAAAUCUAGAUCGCGAUCUAAUAACUCUAGGAGAUCACGCUCUGGCUCAGCUGGAUCAAAUGUAGUCUCUAGAAAAUCAAGGUCUAGAUCUAAGUCUGGAUCUGUGAAGUCUAGAUCAAGAUCUAGGUCGGGUUCUGGAAGAUCUAGGAGUGGUUCUAUUAAAUCUAGAAAUGGUUCUAUUAAAUCUAGAAGUGGAUCUAGAAAGUCUAGAUCUGGAUCUAUAAAGUCUAGAAGUGGUUCUAGAAAAUCUAGAAGUGGUUCUAGAAAAUCUAGAUCUGGAUCUAGAAAAUCUAGGUCUGGAUCUAGAAAAUCUAGAAGUGGUUCUAGAAAAUCUAGAUCUGGAUCUAGAAAGUCGAGAAGCGGUUCUAGAAGAUCCAGGAGUGGAUCACAAAAAGCCAGAAGUGGUUCAAGAAGAUCAAGGAGUGGGUCAGUUAGAUCAAGGUCAGGAUCCAGAAGAUCUAGAAGUGGCUCCAGAAAAUCAAGGUCAGGAUCCAGAAGAUCUAGAAGUGGUUCUGCAAGAUCCAGGAGUGGAUCUCGCAGAUCUCGGAGUGGAUCAGCGAGAUCUAGAAGUGGUUCGAGGAGAUCGCGAAGUGGCUCGAGGAGAUCGCGAAGUGGUUCCAGAAGAUCUCGCAGCGGCUCUGCAAGAUCCAGAAGUGGUUCCAGAAGAUCGAGGAGCGGCUCGAGAAGAUCCAGAAGUGGUUCACGUAAGUCGGGAAGUAGAUCCAGAUCGCGCAGUGGCUCUGCGAGAUCCAGGAGUGGUUCGAGAAGAUCCCGGAGCGGUUCAAGACGAUCGAGAAGUGGUUCAAGAAAAUCGAGGAGUGGUUCAAGAAGAUCGAGAAGUGGUUCCGCCAGGUCUAGAUCGGGUUCAAGGCGAUCAAGAAGUGGCUCCGCCAGAUCUCGUUCAAGAUCAAGAAAGUCUAGAUCAAGAUCUCGGUCUCGAUCGAGAUCUGGUUCUAGAAGAUCCAGGUCAGGGUCUGGAUCAAGAUCCCGAUCUCGAUCGAAAUCAGGUUCCAGAUCACGGUCACGAUCGCGAUCUGGAAGCCGUUCAGGCUCUGCCAAAUCGAGAUCCAGAUCAAGGUCCAGGUCAAAAUCGCGGUCUCCAAAAACGCAGAAAAGAGCUCGUAAUGUUCUUAGUGAUUCAGAAGAUGAAGAUAUUGGUCCUUCACCGAAAAAGAAACAACCAGCAGCUGUCGAUUCUGAUAAUGAAGACCAGGAAGAAAAUGUGGAUGAAGGUGAACAACGACCACCUGAAGAUCAGCAGGGAUCGGAUUCAGACGAAGGUGUACGACCUGAUGACCGUGAAGGCCAGGAAAAUUCUCAUAUGAACGACUUCGAUCUCAUGUUGAUGAGAAAGAAAGAAGAAGGAUCCAAACGCAGAAAACGACGUGAUAUUGACAUAAUCAAUGACAAUGACGAUUUAAUAGCACAACUUCUACAAAAUAUGAAACACGCAGCCGACGAGGAUAGAGAAUUAAAUAAAAUGAAUAAACCCGCAAUUAAAAAAAUUAGUAUGCUCAAAAGCUGCAUGUCGCAGCUGAUAAAGAAAGAUUUACAAUUAGCUUUUAUUGAACACAAUGUUCUGAAUGUUCUUUGUGAUUGGUUGGCUCCUUUGCCUAACAGGAGUUUACCUUGUCUACAAAUCCGGGAAAGUAUAUUGAAAUUGUUAUUAAGUUUUCCACCAAUCGAUAAGUCUUAUUUGAAACAGUCUGGCAUUGGAAAGGCUGUGAUGUAUUUGUAUAAACAUCCUAAGGAAAUCAAACAGAACAGGGAGAGAGCUGGAAGACUUAUUUCCGAGUGGGCGAGGCCUAUUUUUAAUUUGUCUACUGACUUUAAAGCUAUGUCGCGAGAAGAAAGACAGCAACGUGACUUAGAACAAAUGGCACGAACAAGACGCAUUUCUGAGCCAGAAACUUCAAGUUCCACUGCUUCCAGUUCGAAAAAGGGUCUUAACCAAGCCAUAGUUGCAGAAGAGAAAGCAUUGAGGCCUGGUGAGAAAGGUUGGAUCGGACGAGCAAGAGUACCCUUGCCAUCUAACAAAGACUAUGUAGUUCGUCCAAAAUCUACAUGCGAAAUAGAUAUGAGCAGGAUUACUAGCAAGAAAAUGAACCGGUACGAAAAACAAUUGAAGAGGUUUAUAGAUCAAAAACGAUUAAAAGCAGCUAAUAGAAGAGCUGUUGAAAUAUCCAUCGAAGGAAAGAAAAUGGCGCUUUAGGAAAUAAUCAUGAUUAGUAAUAGGUAUACUGAAUUGUUUAUAACUGAUUAUAUUUUUGGAAAUUCAUUUAUAUGAAUGAAUUUUUACGAAAUAUUUAUGACUUGAUAUAAUUUGACUCCACAUAUUCAUGAUAAUGAGGCAAUUGUGACUG